AUGGCCCUGCCAUCGUCCUCAAAAAACAUCAAAUUCCUCAGAGCCUCGAACAAACCAACCAGCGCCCAUUGGGAUCCCCAAAGCAAGGAGAACGCGGCUGUGGCAGAGAAACCCAAGCCAGCCUCCUCUAAGAGGUGGCUGAUGGCUGUGGUACGACACCUCACCUUCUCUGGCAUCAGAGUCCAGUCCCCAAUGUCUCCUGAGAGGCCCCUGGCCGGGGAGUCCUGGAGGUUGCAGCAUCUGGGCCUGGGCCUUGUCAACUCCCUCCAGCUGCCACCCAGUCCCGUUCCAUGGACUGCUGGCGGAGACCCCAGGUUAUAA